CGUUAUUUAAAAAGCCACGUCAAAUACCAAGAAAACUGGGCGAUUUCUAUAUCUAUAUACAAGGAAAACUUAAACAGACAGUUUAACAGACGAGGUCCUGAUCCACUCGCCAACUCCUAACGUCGAAAUGUCAGACGAGAAAGAGACUUACUACCACCACACAACUAAAAACGGAGCCAUGCAAAUAUUGCAGUCUGGUUACAUCAAGAAAUCGACUGAUAUGGUAAAUGAUGCCACAUAUGGGCCUGGUGCCUACCUGACCAAGUAUGGCCCAGAGAAGUCGCAGUCGGAAAUAGCGGAGAAUAACUACGAUGGAAUAAACAACACUUUCGCAAAGAAGAUGAUGGAUGAGGGUAAGACGGAUGCCAUUAUAGCUGUUGACCUUCCUAGCAAUCAGGUUCACAGGGCGACGAAAACUCGCGACAUCUAUGUAUCGAAAGGAAAUGUCCAACUGAAGGGUAACAACCCAAAGGUUUAUUUGCGCGAUGCAAAUGGAAAAGCCGUAGAAUACAAACAAAAAUAAAAAGUAACUUAAAACCUUAUGGA